GCCGUCGUCGUGUCCGGCGCGGGCGAGCUCGUCGUCGGCGACGCGGAGCCGAGCGCGUACGAGAUGCUGGAGCGGUUCGGGUUCCCGAAGGGCAUCCUGCCCGAGGGCGUGACCGGGUACACGCUGCGGCGGUCCGACGGCGCGUUCCAGGUGUUCAUGGACCGGGACUGCGAGUUCGAGGUCGACGGCGGGUACAGGCUCACCUACCAGCGGACCAUCUCCGGCACGGUGGCGGGCGGCAGCAUCCGGGACCUCCGCGGCGUCUCCGUCAGGAUGUUCUUCGUCAACUGGGGCAUCGACCAGGUGCUCAUGGCGGACGCCGACCACCUCAUGUUCUACGUCGGCCCGCUCUCGCAGGCCUUCCCAGCCGACAACUUCGAGGAGUCGCCGCAGUGCCGGUGCCGCGGCGUGCUCGAUGGCGCCGGCGUCGGCGCCGGCGUGGCGGCGAUGUAG